AUGAUGACGACCAUGGUGAUCGGCGGGUCAAUGGUGACGCCAAGUGCGGUGGAGACGCUACAAAAGCAGGAUGGAAAGGUGCUGAGUGUCAAGAAGCAGAUGCACUUCUUCGAUGGCGCACGUGCUCACGAGGUGAGAAGCCGGUGGUUCUACCCGAAGAAUGGUUUUGUGAACCGGAGGGCGGAGCUCCCCGAACGGCGCGUCUCCUUGGCGCAAGCAGACCUGUCGACCUGUCCCGUCAGCCAGGCAGAGCUUGCAAGCCGCAAAAGCGUGACUUGGCUGUGGUAUCCUGCGAAAUGA